AUGCAGUGGCCAUCAGUAACGCUGUUCCCGUCGCGAGUCCUCCGGAGCACCCCCCCCCCCGUCAGAAACCAACCUUUUCCUGGUCUGAUACCAAUAUCCCCGUGUCAGAAACCAUCCUCACCCGAAUCAGAAACCAACCUUUCCAGCUCAGAAACCAAUCUCCCCGGGCCAGAAACCAUCCUCCGGGUCAGAAACCACUCUCCCCGGGUCAAAAACCGUCCUCCGGGUCAGAAACCACUCUCCCCGGGUCAAAAACCGUCCUCCGGGUCAGAAACCAACCUCCCCGAGUCCUCCGGGCCAGACUACCUCCCGAGCCAGAAACCCAAUCCUCCGGGCCAGAAACCAACCUCCGUGUCUUCUGACGAGCGACCGCCAUGA